AGAACGUUUCAACGAAUUCAAGUUGAGGUUAUUUAUAAUCAGUUCGUUUUUGUUCAGUUAUUAACAACUAGUUCUUACAUUUUAUAGCAGGUACGGGUAUAAGUGGUUGCCCUUUCAAACAGGACCCGUUAUAUCCCUUGAUUUGGCAAUAUGUUGAACACGGCAAGGAGUUGUUUGAAGGCUUUCCAAUCGGCCUCUCCAUUGGUGAACAAUGGCGCACGAUCCGCAACAAAUCUGAUCAAUCGCGAUUACAGUGCGAAAGCUGCGGCCAAAGAAACUGCAGCACCUGGUGUAUUGAAGGGAGAGGUAGUGGCCGUCAUUGGGCCAGUAGUGGACGUUCAUUUUGAGGAGGGAAGACCAAGGAUCCUCAAUGCCCUUGAAGUUGAAGGAAGAGACACCAGACUUGUGCUGGAAGUUGCACAGCAUCUUGGUCAAAACACCGUCCGAACCAUCGCUAUGGAUUCCACUGAGAGAUUGGUGAGAGGUCAAAAGGUCGUGGAUGUUGGUGGACCAAUCAGAGUCCCGGUUGGUCCAGGAACCCUCGGUAGAAUCAUCAAUGUUAUUGGGGAGCCUAUUGAUGAACGUGGACCAGUGGAUACUGAACACUUUGCCGGCAUCCACGCGCCACCCCCAGACCUGAUUGAUACUGGUGGUGCUCAAGAGAUUCUUGAAACUGGAAUCAAGGUUGUGGAUCUCCUUGCUCCCUAUGCAAAGGGAGGAAAGAUUGGUUUGUUUGGUGGUGCUGGUGUCGGCAAGACUGUCUUCAUCAUGGAACUUAUCAACAAUGUAGCGAAAGCUCAUGGUGGUUACUCUGUGUUUGCUGGUGUUGGUGAACGAACAAGAGAAGGGAAUGAUCUUUACCAUGAGAUGAUUGAUUCCGGUGUCAUCUCACUCACUGAUAAAACAUCAAAGGUAGCACUUGUAUACGGACAAAUGAACGAACCACCGGGUGCACGUGCACGAGUCGCACUCACUGGUUUAACUGUUGCUGAAUAUUUCCGUGAUAUGGAGGGACAAGACGUGCUUCUGUUUAUUGACAACAUUUUCAGGUUCACCCAAGCUGGUUCUGAGGUAUCUGCUUUGCUUGGUCGUAUCCCAUCAGCUGUCGGUUACCAACCCACCCUGGCUACUGACAUGGGUACCAUGCAGGAGAGAAUCACAACCACCAAGAAAGGAUCCAUCACAUCUGUACAGGCCAUCUACGUACCUGCUGACGAUUUGACUGAUCCAAGUCCAGCCACCACUUUCUCUCACUUGGAUGCAACAACCGUGUUGUCCCGUCAAGUAUCAGAACUUGGUUUCUACCCCGCUGUGGACCCACUUGAAUCAUCCUCUCGUAUCAUGGACCCCAACAUUGUUGGUAUUGAACAUUAUGAUUGCGCAAGGAGGGUGAAGAAGAUUUUACAGGAUCACAAGUCACUCCAGGACAUCAUUGCUAUCCUUGGUAUGGGUGAAUUAUCACAGGAAGAGAAACUUACAGUGACCCGGGCUCGCAAGAUCCAACGUUUCUUGUCACAACCUUUCCAAGUGGCUGAAACCUUCACUGGUACCCCAGGCAAGUUGGUGUCUUUGAAAGAUACAAUGAUUGGAUUCAACAGGAUUCUUGAAGGUGAACUCGACCAUUUACCUGAGGGAGCUUUCUACAUGGUUGGUGACAUUCAAGAAGUUCUUACUAAAGCUGACCAAAUUGCUGCAGAUAUGGCUGAAGAUUAAAGAAACUUUUUAUUUAUAUUUGUUCCGUGUUUCUGGAAGGUGCCACCAAAAUUCCACAUCUCCUGUCGUGCCAUUUCUAUUUCAAGUUCAACACGUUUGGAAACCAAUAGUUUCAUUUUAAUUUGAAAAGUCUUAUAUCUUGUGAAAUAAAAAGAGUUCCUUCGGAUAUGAAA